UUAUCUUUUGCCUACAUCUCCCAUGAUGCACCACGCGCACACCGGAAGUACCUACGUGUGCAUUUUCGCGAUAGUUCAGGAAGCGUUUCCAAACAUCUACAGGGACGGGAUUUGGUUUUACAUGUGGGAAAUAUUCCCAUUAAAAUAAGCAUGUUGCCGACCACCACACCCAACAGCAACGGCACUCCCGGCUCCAGGGACGCUGCACGCCACACGGCGGGCGCCAAACGCUACAAGUACCUCCGGCGCCUGCUUCAUUUCAGACAGAUGGACUUUGAGUUUGCCCUAUGGCAGAUGCUGUACUUGUUUACGUCGCCUCAGAGAGUCUACCGCAACUUCCACUACAGGAAACAGACCAAGGACCAGUGGGCCAGAGACGAUCCCGCCUUUUUGGUCCUGCUCAGCAUCUGGCUCUGCGUCUCAACGAUAGGCUUUGGUCUUGUUCUGGACAUGGGGGUGGUGGAGACCUUCAAACUUCUGCUGUGGGUGGUCUGUGUGGACUGCAUAGGAGUUGGCCUUCUAAUAUCAACACUUAUGUGGUUGAUCAGCAACAAAUACUUAUUGAAGCAUCCCAGCAGAAGCUUCGACGUGGAGUGGGGUUACGCGUUUGACGUUCACCUUAACGCUUUCUACCCGCUUCUCGUUAUUCUGCACUUCCUGCAGCUCUUCUUCAUCAACCAUCUGGUGGUGAUAAACUCAGACUGGUUCUUGGGGUAUUUUGUUGGGAACACUUUGUGGCUGAUUGCCAUUGGUUAUUAUCUUUACAUCACCUUCUUGGGAUACAAUGCGCUCCCCUUCCUGUCCAACACGGUGGUGCUGCUGUACCCCUUCGCUUUGCUGGGCCUCAUCUACAUCCUGUCCAUCUCUCUGGGCUGGAACUUCACGCGAGGUCUCUGCUGGUUCUACAAGUACCGAGUCCAGUAGAAGGGCUGUCCUCGGCCUCCGUCUGGGACUCCAUUUGCUGCUGUCGGUCUGAUGGGAUUCUGGUGGCUCUGGGGAGCCCACUGACUGACUGACUGAUCAGGCCGACCUUUUGUCACCUUCUGUUGGGAGCCGCCGCUCCACGGACUCUUUAGUGUUGGUGGGUCUCGCUGCAGAAACAAAGGGACGGACGGCUUUUAUGUUCUUUCAGCAUGAGAUAGUCGGGUUGGGCGGAAUGUAAAUCUGAGAGUUUUCCCGAUGAAGACUGGAAGGAGAAUCUCCAAUCCUGCCUGUUGAAGUGAAUGAAGGCAGAGACAGACUGCAGUUUCUGUUCCUUUUCUUUAGGUCUACAUUCCAACGCACUUUCAAUAAAAGCUGUUAUUUACUUUAA